GAUUGAGUGAGAGGGGAGUGAUUCUUCAGCAGGAUUGUGGGGGUGAAGGACUGCUCCCUCUAAGCAUCCAAAAUGCCGGUCAUUAACAUGGACGAACUGACGGACAAGGACAAGGCUGUGAUGGAAGUCACCCAGCUUAAGCUUGAAGUGAAACUUGAGAGGUGGUUGACGUCGAAAUGCUGUGAAGAGGUGAAGGACUACAUUCAGGCUGGAGAGGAGGAGGACACUCUUGUCAAAGGCAUUUCAGAGGAGAAGAACCCCUUCAAGGAGAAAGGCGGCUGUGUCGUCUGCUAGACUGGACAUGAGGAGCUUUUCAUAGCUCAGAUUAGCACCCGAGGACAUUAUCCCUCCCGUCAACAACAAAGAUUUGCAGACUGACAAGAAAGGAUGAACAAUGAAGAAACUAUUCCAGAUUUGUAGCCUUGUCAUUUUAUCUUUUGAAAACAUGCAGUGUAAACGAAGUAUAAUUGGUAAUGGUUAUAUAUAUAUAAUGCUUCUCUCUCAAGUGGUGUGUAUAUCUAUAACUGGCCCAUGUGUUGUUUCAUAGACAGAAGCAGCUGUCAUUAAACGUGCUUGUUAUGAACUCAA